GGGUUUGUCUGGAAAACCAGGGCAGAAGGGAGAAGCUGGAGAACCAGGAGUGAGAGGAAUCAGGGGCCCUCCUGGAAUCCCGGGACCACCCGGAGAACGAGGAAUGAAAGGGGACACGGGACAACCUGGAAAAGAUGGGGAGCCUGGACUGCCUGGAAUUCCUGGAAGCGUGAUAACUUCCCUGGAGAACAUCCUGAAAGGAGACAAGGGGGAUCCUGGGAAGGAUGGAUUGAGAGGGGAAAGAGGCCCCCCAGGCCCAAAGGGAGAACCUGGUCCACCGGGCAGAGGAGUGGAAAUGGAGGACCUGGAGAAGCUCUUGGAAUCCCACGGGAUCAAGCUGUCCCUGCUGAAGGAACUCUCGGACGCAUUUCUGCGGGAUGGGCCAGGCGGGCUCCGGUGGCAGUUGGGGACAUCCAGGACGAGCCAGAGCUCCGGGAAGGGCCAGGCAGGCCUGGCUGGCACCAGCCACGGUGAUCCCCCAGGAUUGGAUCCUUCUCCCAGUGUCCUGGGCAGCCCCGAGGAGCCAGGAGAAGCCCAGAGCCUGGAGCUGGAGCCUCUGGAGUUGCCGGUGUCUGGAGGAGUCUCCAAGGGUCCACCUGCUGGUGAUUCUGAACCCGGGCACCAGUUCCUGGGAAAGUCUCCUGAAUCCUUGGAGAAAACACCCGAGGAAAGACAAGAGGAGAGAGGCUCAAGAGGGACAAACUCUUCUCUCCUCGGGGCCUUGGCUGUGCCCCCAAAACCCCCAGGGGAUGAUCUACAAGGAAACCAGACCCUGGAGCUUCCCGAGCCCUUGGAGAAGAGGGAGGAACCACAACCACAGUUGGAGGCCAGCCAGGAAAACUGGGAUUCAGGGAACGGCUCCGCAUUCCCGAGGCGCAUCCGGACCAGGAGAUCUCCCGAGGAACACACGGAAAAAAUCCCAUUUCCCAAUCCUGUGGAAAAUCCAGGAGGAACCAACGCCCCUUUCCCGGCGGCUCCGUCCCUGAUCCAUCCUCCCGGAGCUCCGGGAGCUCGGAAAUUCCCAACGGGAUCCACGGAGGAGGGAACUCUCCCGGCGGAUCCCCCUUCCCAGGGAAAAAAGGGAGAAACAGGAGCUCCCGGAAUCCGUGGAGACAAAGGAGAAAAGGUAGGGAUAGAUGGUGGUUUUCCCGGAAUUCCCUGUGCUCAGAAG